AUGGCCUUAGGGAACAACUACUGGUGUAACUCUUUUCCCCAAGCUAAACUUAUGCAUUUAGUUCAGGCUGGCUCUGAUCACUGUCCUAUUUUACUAAUUCCUCAAGUUCAUAGAAACAACUCAUGGAGGCCUUUUAAAUUCUUUGCUAUGUGGAUGAAGCAUCUUGCUUCCAAAACUCAAUUAUUUAUAGCUUGGGCUACUGAUGUUUCUGGUUCUGCAGGUUUUCAAUUGCUUAAUAAACAACAUAGUACAAGGAAAAGACUCUCACAAUGGAAUAAAAUUGAGUUUGGAGAUAUUGAUAGAAAUAUCAAUAACUUGCAAACUCAACUUGAAAUAGCCCAGAAUGAUCCAAACCCUAUCUCUCAGCAUGAAAACAUUGUUACUCUCACUAGAAAGCUAGAUGAUUGGUUUAACAUUAAGGCUGAUUUUUAUAAACAAAAAUCUGGAGAUACUUUUAUCACUGAAAUGGAUCAAAAUACCAAAUACUUCCAUACUUUGGCUAAUAGAAGAAUGUUCAGGAAAAAUAUUGAAUGCUUAUGCGACAAUAAUGGAAUCUGGUACAAUCAGGAUGAGGACAUGGCUAGUUUGCUUGUUAACCAUUUUGAGCAGGUAAGUAAAACUUCAAAUCCUAAUUUUACUGAUAUCACCUUUGACAUCAUCCCCACUGUCAUUACUGCUCAGGAUAAUUCUCAGCUCAACAGAAUUCCUUCUAGUGAUGAAAAUUUUCAAACUAUUAAGAACAUGAAUGAUUGGGGUUCUCCUGGCCCUGAUGGCUUCCAGUCUGGUUUUUAUAAAUACAAUUGGGAUAUAGUAGGUCAUGAUGUUACUAAAGCUGUCUAA